AUGUUCUGGUUAGUAUUUCUCUCCGCCACAGUGGCUACUGCUUUCUGUUCUUUCGUGUUUGUUAACAGAUACCUGUCGUUCAAACGCCAUAAAAACACGCUUCCGUUUGCUUUGGCUACGUUGCUAAUUAAUAUGUGGAUUCUGCUAUCUAUUACCUACCUAUUGCCUCUUGACGUAUUCUACGCGGCUAGAGCUUCUUCAAUUGAUCUACCGGGCUCCGGAAAUGGCUCUGAGGCCCUUCAGCAACCGAAAUUCAAGAAACCUCGAGAUUUGACAUCAUUACAGAAUGGUGCUGAAACCCAAGAUCCAAUGCCUAAUGUGGCUUUCUUGUGGUACUCUAUUUAUUGGGUCGAGUUUGUGAUUUGCUGGUUUGUUUUGCCCGUUUUAAUUUCGUAUCUGGACCUAAAAUAUCUCGUUCCCAGAUUCCAAGGCGCCUCACAACGUAGCACGAUCCUUCAGCGUGUGCGAAAAGCCAUUUUGACGAAUAUCAAGUUCUAUGCGCUCUGUGCUGUGGGACUGGCCGUUGGAAUUUUUUAUUUGGAGUUUGGUGCCAAGCGCGGACUUGCAGAUUUAAAACCCCUCAUUAUCUCGCUUUCGCAUCUUUAUUCGCUUUCUUACACAUUGAUUUUGCUUUCUAUGGGCUUGGUUUUACUCCCGAAGGCAAUUCUGUUUGAGAAUGAUGACGAAAACAAGCUGUUUGUAGAGCUCAGUAAGAGUAGCGAUGAGUCCAAUGAUGCAAAACUCGCUAUGACUGAGUACGCAGGCAAGAUUUUAGCGACCCCAGAAGUCACAAACGGUGAUGUGGCACUCAACCAAGCUAUCAACGAAUGCAAAUUGGAGGUACAGUCUUUAGUCAAUGAAACACAAAUUCAUCUGCCAACGUCAACUCGCAGCGAACAAGCAUCUCCUAACUUGAGCAAGAUAAACCAGCGUUUCAAUGCUUUCAAGACGGAGUACUACAAUUAUCUGUAUUACCAAGCUAAAUCCGACGUUAUCAUCCACACCUUGGCAGGAUCGCAGGUCCAUCCAGUAUCGUGGACCAAGAAGAUCGGAAAGUGGGUCUCCGGAAUUGUGUGCCUCUCCCUUUCUAUUCUAGUGGUGUUCCUAGAAAUAACACCUUCUCGCUUCGGGCAUGGGAAACUAUUUGAAGGGAAAAGCUGGAUGAACUUCCUGUUGGAAAUCUCUUUGCUGGUUUACGUCACAUUGGUGUCUUUGUAUGCAAUGAGCUGUUUCAAGUUUGCGAAUUUACACUUGAUACCCAAUGGUCAGAGCAGCCCUCAAAACGCGUUGUAUUACUCAUUGUACUCCAGCAGACUAUUGCUUCCACUUUGCUUCAAUUUUAUUACGCUCAUGCCUCAUGGUAAUGGAACACAGGAGUGCAGUUUUGAGAAAGUACUGUAUCGGGAUCUGAAGUUAAUUCCGCUCGUGGAUAUCUUGAAUCGAUACUUACCGGUGGUCUUCAUCAUUGUCGUGCCCCUGGGCUACUUUUUCGAUUUAAAAAACAAAGUACUUGUCAGAGUGCUAGGCAAAGAAUACUGCUACGAACUCUUUGGCAUAUUAACGGAUCCUGCUUCUCCUCGGACAGGUCUCGCACCGGCGACUCAAGAAACAUCGCAAGCAAUUAGCAGGUCGCGCUUAGACGAGGACUACGAAUAUUCUUUGCAAGACGGAAGAUAUCUGUUCCAGAGAGCUACCAAUAACCACCACAUGGUAGAUAACAACACCGUAUCUGGACAGCAGGCUUACGUUUAG